AUGAACAAUGGGUCUGUCCUGUUGCAGGAUUUAGACCUGUUGGGUGACAGUCAUGUCUAUCAGGGGUCUGUGAGGCUACAGCAAAUGACUGUUAAGUCAAUGACACCUUCACAUCAGUUCAAGAAAGAAAUCAGCGUGUUGGACAGUCGAAGGAAACCCUCUAAGACUCGGGGUCAGGGAUUCAACAAAGGCAAUUUAGAGAUCACAGACAAUGGCAUUUACGAAGCAAUCUUCUUCCUGCCUACCCGGAAGGAUCAGGAUGUGGUCAGACACACCUACUUUCUGGUCGAAGUUAUGGAGAAACUGCGAAUCCCACAGAUCACCCAGGAGCCUGCCCGUAUAAUGAACUAUGUCUGGUUGAGUUGUAUUGUGAAAAAAGCAAAAGCAACUCACAUCAGUUGGUGGAAGGAUAACAAAGAACGGGACUUGUUGGAUGACGGCCUAUCAUUUGGAAACAGGACAUUGUUCAUUCAGGACAUGGAAGUGACUGAUUGUGGUGUAUAUACCUGCAUCGUGGAAAACGAGGUCAGCACUAACAGAAACUCACAUGUGCUCACAGCAGAUGAGAUUCUCUUCAUUCUCAUUGCUACUUUAUUCAUCUCUGUUGUGGCUCUGGCCAGCAGUUUGACCUCCAUUGUUGGAGAAGCGAUCAUAAUCAUUGUCUUGAAGAAACUCCAAGGUCCAGACCAGCAGAAGGAGCUGACAACCAUUUUUGUGGCACUUCAGCUUGUGGCUGUCAUCUGCCAGUUGAUUGCAAGUGUUCUAGCUGUUUUUGAGUCGGAUUACAAAAGUACAUUUCAAACUGGGGGCGCGGGGGUGGAAGAUACGCUCAGAGAUGGACGUGCUGCAGGAUUGUCAUUUCCUUUGAAAGCACAGAAGAAACAAGUGGAGGGAGGUCCAUGCUGGUCAUUUUCUAUUACAUCUAGUUCAUUGUUUUAUCCUGUUCGUUUGUGGAUUUCUUUCGGUGGUAAUUUCAAUUCUCUUACUUUAUCAAUCAAUACAAAUUGCUUCACUCUGCCAAUAUCCCUCCGAAAUGUUAAUUACAAGGAGUUUACUUGCUGUGGUGGUCUACUUAUUCCCUGUGUUUGCAUCUGUCAUCUACUACAUCACAUACCUUCGAGAACUGGAAAUGUAUCUCAAGUUGAAAGCAGUCAGACGAGCAACUGUACACAUUUCAAUACCAAAUUAACACAGUGCUUUCAAAUAAGGCAACUUAAUCACAAGAAGCAGAUGUCGACCCUUGCUGUCUCCUGUCCUUUUCCACAGGCUGCUAUCUUUAAACAAAGGCUUAAUACAGGAGCGACAAUAAACUGCAGAUAACAUCAGCUUGUGGGUUAAAAACCUCUUCAGUAAUAAUUUCAUUCAGAACUUGAAUGAUUAUGGAAUUUUUCUAACCAGCUGUCUGUCCAAUAGACAGCUAUGAUUAUUGUCGUUGUUAAAAGGAAGGAAUACUGUUUUUUUUUGUGCAUAAAUCACCAGAUGCUGACAAUUGCUGGGACGUCAUAGCCUUUGUCAUUGCAAUUUUCAAUAAAAUGAAAAAGCAGCUCUUGCAGACACACUGACUGGUGUCAUCUUUCAGCUACGCCAUUACCAGGAGGAAAUGA